GCCUGAGAUCAAAUCCCGGCGACGAGAGUUUCACUUCCAGUGAUCGGCGACUCCCAUAAAUUCGCGUACGACUUCAAAAUGUGCUCUCGCCUUCCGAUGAAGCGUAAGCUAGCGUGUCUUCUUCGUCUUCUCCUUCGGCAUCUCCUCUCUGCUCACCACUCACUGCGACUGCGGGGGAAAUAGCUGAACCGAACCGAUUCAUGGAGCUGUCGGUCUCCUUCUUCGCCGCUAGGCCCCACAGCUGUGUUCUUCCCGUCGUUCCCGCUCGCCCUGACCUGAAGCUCCGGCGAAGACCGUUGACUCUGCGCAGGAGAAGCGCGAUCAGAGCGCAGGUGUCCGAUCCGUCUCGGUGCCGGGAGACUGACGACGACGGCUUCGUCCUCGAGGACGUUCCUCAUUUGACCAAUUUCAUCCCGGAUUUGCCGUCAUACCCUAAUCCACUACAUAAGAGCCAAGCUUAUGCCAUCGUUAAGCAAACUUUUGUCAGCCCAGAAGAUGUAGUUGCUGAAAAGAUUGUCGUCCGGAAAGAUAGUCCCAGGGGAGUGCAUUUUCGACGCGCGGGGCCUCGGGAAAAGGUGUAUUUUAAAUCAGAGGAAGUUCGUGCUUGCGUCGUGACAUGUGGAGGUUUAUGUCCGGGUAUAAAUACAGUGAUUCGUGAAAUUGUAUGUGGUUUGAACUACAUGUAUGGAGUUGAUGAUAUACUUGGCAUUGAGGGAGGAUAUAGAGGAUUCUACUCUAAAAAUACCUCGCAAUUGACACCUAAAGUCGUCAACGACAUCCAUAAACGUGGUGGCACCUUUCUUCGGACAUCACGGGGGGGUCAUGACACACAGAAGAUAGUUGAUAACAUUCAGGAUCGUGGAAUCAAUCAGGUAUACAUCAUUGGUGGGGAUGGUACACAGAAGGGAGCAGCUCUCAUAUAUCAGGAAGUUGAGAAACGUGGUCUUCAAGUGGCAGUUGCAGGGAUUCCCAAGACAAUCGACAAUGACAUAGCUGUCAUAGACAAAUCCUUUGGUUUUGAUACUGCUGUUGAGGAAGCUCAGAGAGCCAUAAAUGCAGCUCAUGUUGAGGUUGAGAGUGUGGAAAAUGGGGUUGGUGUCGUCAAGCUAAUGGGAAGAUACAGUGGUUUCAUUGCCAUGUUUGCCACUCUGGCUAGCCGAGAUGUGGAUUGUUGCUUGAUUCCAGAGUCUCCAUUCUAUUUGGAAGGCAAAGGUGGGCUUUUUGAAUUUGUUGAGCAGCGGCUCAAGGAGAAUGGGCAUGUGGUUAUUGUGUUAGCAGAAGGAGCUGGACAAGAGUAUGUAGCACAGAGCAUGCACACAGUCGACGGGAGAGAUGCAUCAGGAAACAGAUUACUUCUUGAUGUUGGUUUAUGGUUAUCUCAACAGAUCAAGGACCAUUUUACGAAGGUUCAGAAGAUGGCUAUAAACAUGAAAUACAUAGAUCCAACAUACAUGAUCCGGGCUAUACCAAGUAAUGCAUCGGAUAAUAUCUACUGCACUCUUCUUGCCCAAAGUGCCGUGCAUGGAGCUAUGGCUGGGUACACAGGAUUCACAGUUGGGCCUGUCAAUAGCAGACAUGCCCAUAUUCCCAUUUCACGAGUCACUGAGACUCAAAACAUUGUCAAAUUAACUGAUAGGAUGUGGGCUAGACUUCUUGCAUCUACAAACCAGCCUAGUUUCUUAAACAGCGAUGAAGUGAUGCUGGGAAAAGUUGAUAGAGCUAUAAUUGAGCAGAUCAACAACAGGAAGAUUACAUCUAUAUAGAUUUGAUAGCAGUCACUCUCAGAUCCAAUGGUCAUCAGCAUCUCUAUUCUUCUUGUGCUGAGAUUUCAUCCUCAAUCCUGAAGACCUCUUAAAAUAGUGAACUUUUGCACUGUAAUAUGUCAUAUUAGUUCUGGAUUGUUUUCCGUCAUGAAGUCUCUUUGUAAGAUACGAGACCAUGUAUUGCAAAAGGCAAGAGAAAUUCGGUCUGUGUAAUUUUCUACUAAGAAGGGCAUUUACAUUCAGGUCGAUCUGAAGCAUCACAAUGAAGAGCUUCUGAUUUUCCAGUGCA